AUGUACUACUACGCAAUCCAGAAGUGCCUUCGGAGCGAAAAAGGAACAAAGGAAGAAAAGGGGGCAUUGGGGCGCUGCGCCCACCGCCCCGCCCCUUUUCCGCCGCCUCGGCCGCCGCCAUCGCCGGGACGCGGGAGGGAGCCGGGCGCGGCGUUCCCGGCGGGCCGCGGCCUGGCGGGGCCGUGCCGGGGCGGGGGAGGCACUGACCGCUGCGCUCUCUUGCAGUCGUCGCACAAGACGUUCAAGAUCAAACGCUUCCUCGCCAAGAAGCAGAAGCAGAACCGGCCCAUCCCGCAGUGGAUUCGCAUGAAAACCGGCAAUAAGAUCAGGUACAACUCCAAAAGGAGACACUGGAGGAGGACCAAACUGGGCUUGUGAGAGACUGUCCCAGGAGCUCUAAUGAACACUGGUCUUUGUGUGUCAGAUCGUUAACACCCUCGAGUCACUCCUUCUGUGGUGCUGGAGCACAGUCCCCAGUGUGGGGUUUUUAUAAGCUGCUCUGGGAUGUUGAUGUUAUCUGGGAAAACCUUUGUAUCUGAAACAUGGAGACUGUGUUCUGUUAGUGUUCUCUCAGGCAUCACCGUGAGCAUUGAAACUGCACAGGCUCUCUAAUAAAUAUGGACCUGAAUGAC